UAUUUAUACUUUUUGUAAAAUUGCUGGUUUUUGUCUAGACUGACAUCUGUUAAAAAUUCAGAAGGUGAAUCUACAGAACGAAUUCGGACUGAACAGCUCUCAUCAUCUACUUCAAUGUCUACCUCAAGACCCAGAACUUUUAAUUCUUUUUGUCAGAAACCCUCUUCAUCUUCCCAAGAUACAAACUGCGAUAAAAUCCGUGCAAGAGAGGGCAAAUGUUCAAUGUUAACUCUUUCGGACGUCCUGUCCAGUUCUGUGCCAGAUGUACCUGCUACCUUUUCCUCUGCUGUAAGAGGUAGUACUGAAGAAAUAACUCUUGCAGAUUUACCGUCCUGUUCUAUACCGAAUGUACCCGCAAUAUUUUCCUCUGCUGAAAGAGGUAGUCCGAAAAAAUUAACUCGUGCUGAUUUUCCGUCCUGUUCUGUACGAAAUGUAUCUCAAGUAUAUUCUUCAACUGUGAGAAGCACUCCUGAAGAAAUAACUUUAACGUCAGAUGAGGAUGAACCUUCUGACGAAACUUCUCUAGAUAUUCAAAUUUGUGAGGUUAUUGGUGGAGAGGAGGUGGAGCAACGAGCUCGUCAUGUUUACAAUCAGAUUAAACAAUCCGCUAGUAAUCAAUCAGGAGUCAUUCAGGCGGCUUCUCAUCCUACCUCCCUUUCUCAGACUGCUGUAAGCCAUGAUCAGUCUGCCAUCAAAAUUAAUAAUUCUGUUGUUAGCAAUAAUCAGUCUGCUUCCAGUAUUUCUCAGUCUGGUGACAACAGCACUCAGUCUGCUGUCAAUAUUUCUAAGUCAGCUGUCAGCAAUAAUCGGUCUGCUUUCAAUGCUGACAGUCGUACUCAGUCUGUUAAUAACCAGGCAGGGUCAAGUAGCAGCAACUCUAGACAAGCUGGAACAGAAACAUUGUCAGCGAUUAGAAGUAAAAUUAUGAAGAAAAAUGAACUCGUCGUAAGUAACGUAUCCACAAGUGAACACGUUACUCCUGACAUUGAAUCUCUAACAGAUGAUGAUGACGACAUUCAGAUAAUAGAGGAUGUCUUGCCACCCCCGGUGCCUUUCCAGCGAUUGGAGUUUAGAAACAGUUGAUGACGGCUUGUUCUUGCUAAUUUUCUAAAACAUUUAUGUAUAAAAUGUUGUCCAUGAUUCUGGAUUCUGAGAAAAUAUUCAUUUUCAAAUUUUAGUCAUGGAAAUUCUAAAGACUGAAUUAUAAAAAAAAAUCAAUUUGCAUUGUUGAAUUUGUAUAUUAAUUUUUUUCCUAUUUUUAUUUUUUUGGCUUAGAUAAAUUUAGUAUUAGUAACUAUCUGAUUUUUAGAUAUUCUUCUACAUUCCAUCAUUUAUCACAUGAAAGAAAAUCUGAACUUGAAAAAAUGAGUGUGAUAACUGUAUUCUAAAAAUAUAAUAAUUGUAAAUUAGUAAAAUCCCCGUUUUAUACUUGUUUUCUGUCAACAACGCCAACAGUUAAGCUAUUUCUCUAUUUCAGUUUGUAUAUUUAUAGAAUAUUUUUUGAUUAUUGCAUACCAAUUUUUGUUUCUUAAAAGAACUCAAAACAAUAAAGGUACCUCAAUGGUUAAUUAAAAAGUUUUCAUUUGUGAAAAAGAGCGUUACUAGAUUUAUGUUAAAUUUUUAGUUUUAAUAAUUGUGGUUUUUGUAAAGUUAAGAUGUUUUAAUUGUUUUGUAAAGUUGCAAAAAAAAAGUAUUUUCAUGAUGUGAAAAAAAUUAAAAAGUUACUUUUUUCUUUUUCAAACCAUUUCAAUAACAAAUAUUUAGUAAUUUUACCUCAAAUGCCAAACUUUAACAAAAUGGCUAACUUUAACAAAAGAUGUUCACAGCUACAUAGGGAAUAAAUAUAAAGAGAACACUAAAAUCAAUAAUAAUGUAUUUUAAUCUUUU